AUGAUCCUCCUCGGCCGUUUACUCAAAUUGGUUUAUGAUCGUCUCACCCGCACUCAGCUUCGUGGAGGCGCCGUGAGCUUGCAUCGUGACGAUUUUCACAUGGCACAGCGCGGCAGGAUAAAAAAGCAACGUUGGACAGCGCUUCAACAGGCUCCACUAUACAGUCGCCUUUCUUGGGUGAGGGAAACAUGGGUCGUCGCAGAAAUGACCAGCUUAUCGCUGUCUGCAUGUCCGAAGGAACCUUUAAGUGCCAGGACCGGAGUCGCCUAUGGCAAAAUAUGGGGCAGCCCUGACACCCUUUUUGGUUAUCGUGCAGCAGCUUCCGUGCUGCACUCGCUCCACGGCAUGAAAUCUGACUGCAUUUUACGUUAUGCAAAAGCGGAGGAAACAGACUUGUGCAGUGGCCUUUGUUGGAAUCUCUGCUUCAAAACAAAUAGCGCAAUUGUCCCCUAG